AUGGAUAUAACAGUUAACACUACCAGCGGACAACCGGUUGCUGUUAACGUUACAUGGAUAGAACCGACUGCUACUGAUAACUCUAAAGAAACACCAGAACCAGAGUCAGACUACACCUCAGGUGACAAUAUGUUUCUGAUUGGUCACACAACAGUGCAGUACAAUGUAUCAGAUUCAAGUGGUAACUUCAAUGAUAGGUGUAAUUUUACUGUUACUGUUGAAGACAAAGAACUACCCGUUCCUAGUUGUCCAUCACUAGUAACUGGUGUUACUGAUGAGGGAAAACCAAAUGGCACAGUAAACUACAAUAUUACCGUAAUGGAUAACGUUCAGGUUGCUAUGUUUUCAACAAACUAUACAAACAUCAACCCUGCUGCAAUGACCAUUGAUGCAGCUUACGCUGUGGUUGAGACUACUGGUGUAUUCCCAAUCGGACAAACCGUAAUUGAAUACAUCUUUGUCGACUCUGCUUCGCCAACAUCAAAUGAAGCUACAUGCUAUAUUACAUUACAAAUUGAAGAUGAAGAAAAGCCCCACAUUUUAGAUUGUCCAAUGGAUAUAACAGUUAACACUACCAGCGGACAACCGGUUGCUGUUAACGUUACAUGGACGGAACCGACUGCUAAUGAUAACUCUAAAGAAACACCAGAACCAGAGUCAGACUACACCUCAGGUGACAAUAUGUUUCUGAUUGGUCACACAACAGUGCAGUACAAUGUAUCAGAUUCAAGUGGUAACUUCAAUGAUAGGUGUAAUUUUACGGUUACUGUUGAAG